UAAACAGAAAUAAGAAUGCAAAAGCGUUUCGUUGAAAUUGACAAUUAAUCACAUAAAUUUAAAGUUAUGCAUCCGAGUUUUUUUUGUUUGAAAUUAUUAAUUUUCGCUUUGGUUUGCCGUUGUGUUAAAGAAAAAGUGCAUUUUCUAUUAUGAUCUUUUUAUUUCCAUGGUUUGUUUCAAACACUUUAACAGAAUGGACUUAAAACUGUGUUGCCAUAUAUAUAGAUAAAACUAUGUUGCCAUAUUUAUUAACAUUUUGGUCUAUGUGAAGUACCUUUAUAUUUUUGCAAUUACCUAGCAAUACAUACUACAAGAAAUAUCUAAGUUUAUCAGAGACUGACAUUCAAGUAAAUUUUAACAGGCAUUAAAUAUUAUACUGUAUCUAAUGAUAUUGCACAUAUAAUUUAUGAUUAGAGUUAUUACUUUAAAACUCAAAACACAGUAAUAACAUCUUUAUAUUAUUUUUGAAGGCUGUUCAGUGUAUUUUUUCUGGCCCCAUUAUUCUAGCAUUUAUUUUAAUGAAAAGAAAUGCUGAAGACCAUUGUCUAGUUCCAUAUAAAUAUUAUUUUUAUAAUUUGUAUUAAAAACUGUAUGUUAUUUAAUAUUGAUAAUUUCUUAUUGCUAUUGUUGAUUUCUGUGUGCUAUGUGUGAUAAAACUGUUUCUCUUGAACCUCCUAUGACUAAUAACAAUAUUGAUCAAACAAAAGAAAAACUUUAUCCUUGUAUCAUAUGUAAAAAAAGUUUCUCAACAAAAGGGAAUCUAAAUUCUCAUAGAAUUACUCACAAUGAUCAAAAACCUUUUUCUUGUAAUGUAUGUAAUAAAACAUUUAAUUGGAAGAAUGGUCUAACUGCCCAUCUUAAUGUUCACGCAGGUGAAAAGCCUUUUUCGUGUGACCUGUGUGAUAAACAAUUUUACCGUAAAAAUAGUCUAAAUCGUCAUGUGCUUACUCAUUCUAGUGAAAACCCUCACGUUUGUGACAUAUGUCAUAAAACUUUUAAAUUAAAAGGUUUUUUAACUGCUCACAAACGUCUUCACGUUGAUAAAAAAUCUUUUUCAUGCAACUUAUGUGAUAAGAGCUAUUCAAAAAAAUCUCUUUUGGAUUAUCAUGUUUCUAUACACAAAGAUGUUAAGCCUUACACUUGUAAUAUAUGUAAUAAGAGUUUUAAUUGGAAAGUUAGUCUGACUAAUCACAGCUCUAGGCAUCAUAUUGAAAAAGCUCAUACUUGUAGCAUAUGUAAUAAGAAUUUUUUGUCAAACUCUCAUUUGAAAUCUCACUAUCUUGUUCAUACUGGAGAAAAACCUUUUUCUUGUAUCAUAUGCAAUAAAACUUUUGCAAGGAGAUCUUCUUUGAAUAUGCAUGCUCGCAUCCAUACUGGUAUAAAGCCUUAUACUUGUACCAUUUGUAAUAAGAGUUUUUUAAAAAACAGUGCUUUAACAAUUCAUGCUCUUGUUCAUCAGGGUAAAAAACCCUUUUCUUGUGAAAUAUGUAGUAAGGGAUUUUGGAAACGGAGGAAUUUAGAGACUCAUAGUUUAAGUCAUGCAUCUGAAAAUGCUUGUUCUAGUGAUGUUUAGUUAGAUGUGAAAUAUAAUUCCCUAAUAUAAAUUUGGUUAUUUUACUGUACAUAUAAUUAACACAAGAAAGAUUGACUACCUGUGUCAGACUUGUUUUUUUAAAUAAACAUUAAAGAAAAAUAUUUUUGUUUCUUCAAAAUUAUGUCUAUGAUAAUUUUUUGAAAUCUGAUUUAAAAUACUUUCCUGUUGUAUAAAACACGGCAUUAUAAUUUGCACUUUUUAGCAUAGAUGAGUAUUGAUGAAAGAGAAUUUCAAUUUCGUGAAUAGCUAAGAAAUUUUUUUACUAAAACAGGCUAUUUAUUUUACGGCUUUGAGGAGAACUCCUCCAGACUCAAAGUCUGGGGCUGUCUGCUGCUAUAAUAACAAUGGUGAGCACUUUUCUGAUGGGGUGCAAUGAAAGUGUCAAUUGGUUUACUCACCUAUGUCAUUAUCAAGACGAAACUAUUUACCCCACACCCCUAUUUGAAGUGAUUAUUCCUCGUAACCUUAGUGCCCGCCACAAUGCGAGACUGAUAUCUGGAGGAGUUCUCCUGAAAGUCACACUAUAGUCUAGGACUUUUGUAACUUUAUUCAAAAAACGUUUUUUUUUCUUUGUAAAUAUUAUUACUAAGUAUUACAGUACAUGAGUACAACCUCUAUGACAUAGUCUGCAUCUUUUGUUUUAACUUGUAUAUUGCUUUGUUUUAAGGAACAAUAAACAGUGUAUAUUA